AGACCCCUUGGCAGUGAGUGAGAGGUUAAUGGCUUUUGGUAAACCACUUCCUUGACUGUAUUCUCAGUAUUCAUUCUGAGGUUUAACAGAAAUCAAAUUAGAGUAAGAUCUUGUUUUCUGAGGCUGGGGCGUAUUUAGAACGUGUGCAUAUUCUCUGCCAUGGCAUCACUGACAUCUUCCAGCCGCAGAUCCUCCUCAUCCUACCGCUCAUCGUCACGUUACAGCACCUCCAGCACCCAUCGGUCAGAGGGCUCACUGGGUGGAUCGUCUGAUUCUUUGGAUCCCCUUUUUGAGCCGUUUCUUGACUCUGCUGAUCAUUCCAGUCUGUUUGUAGAAGAGAGCCCCAGAGGACCCAGUUGUUUGGCCCCCUUCAGCAGACACAGCAGAUCAUCCUAUGGACACACUGCUCCUGUAGGCGGUACUUUGACAGGCCGACAGAGCAGCACAGGUGGCGGGGUGCGAUGUCUGGGAGAUAGCUACUACAUGUCAGCUGACGUCAGCCAGUUUGAGCCGCAUGACAUAGUGGUGAUGGCCUAUAACCACCAUGUUGUCAUUCAUGCCCAGAAGGUACUAGAUGAUGGAAGUAUCAGUGACACAUUCACCCAUAAGUCCCUGUUUCCGGAGGAUAUGGACCCAUUGUCGGUCAGUGGGACCCUUAACCCUGAUGGUACCCUGGUGGUGAGUGUCCACCGGACCACGACCCUGGGUGGGCUGGAGCCCCUGGGUGUCCCCACCUACCGCAGUGAAGCUCACCUUUGACUUAAUGUGGCUUCAUCUUCUCACAGUAUCUCAGCUUUUUUUUUAUAUUAUUUGAUGACAGUGUUGUGAGGUACACUCACCUAUCAAGCCGAUCAAGGCAUUAUAAUUUAAAUGUCUGUGAAUAACAGCACACUUUGGUCCAUUGGAACAUAUCACAGAAACUUCUGGGAAGAUUGCCAUGACAUUUAAUAUUAACAUUAAUGACUUGAAUAAUGAUUAUUUAUAUCAUUGAAAUUGGUGACCCCCGGACCUUAUGUCCGGCACCACUGGUCAAAUCUUUCCCUUCAUCAAUGGGGUGGGGGUUGCUGUCUGCCACAGUAUCUUUUUAUUUAUUAAUUACUACUAGUCAGAUAUUUUUGAGUGGCUUUCAUUUUUUACUAUGACAUACUGCACACAGACCAUGAAACCCGCCGAAAGUGCAUGUUUAACUAUUAAUAAAUUAUAAUCUACUUUUUUUAUAUGGAUCUUUAUCUAAAUCUAAAUUUGUGCUGUACAUUUAACGUUUUACAAUUACAGCAAGCCGGCAACUUUGUCUGUAGUGUCAAACUAAAUUGUAUGAGGAAUUUGUCGUUUCUCAGACAUGCAAUAAAUGUGUUUGUUUUUUUUACAAA